CGUAAAACUGGAUAGACAGAGAGAGAGAAUGGAACAACCACGUUCCUCCCCUCAAAAUCACUCAACAACCAAUUCACCGGAAUUCGAGUUUUGGAUGCUCCGAAACCCUUCUUUACCUCAGCCCAAUCUUCCCUCCGCCGACGAGCUCUUCUCCGGCGGCUUCCUCCUCCCCCUCCAUCUCCCCGCCGAGCCACAGCCUCCGCCGAAACCCACCGCAGCAACUCAACCGGAGUCGAAGCGGUGGAGACAUCUAUUCAAGAAGAGUGGUGGGGCAGUGAAUAAUGUGGUGAGUGCGGCCGAGCUCAACAUCAACAUAUGGCCGUUCUCGAGGAGCAGGUCCGCCGGCUCCCGGCCGUACGCGGCGGCUCGGAAAGCGAGCAGCGCGCCGUGCUCGAGGAGCAACUCGGCGGGGGAGUCGAAGUCGAGGAGAUGGGCGCAUAGCCCUAAUAGAGCGGGGGUGCACUUGCGAAGGAGCAGCCCCGUGUGGCAGCUCCGCGGUGGGCGGGAAAAGGUGGCGAAAAGAGAUGGGAAUUAUGGUUUGACGAAAGUUGGGGGCUCGAAGGCGAGAGUGUUGAAUUUGAAUGUGCCUACGUGUAUUGGCUACCGGAAUCGUUUGAGCUGUGGUUAUGGUGAAGGCCGGGCUGCCGCGGGCAGUGGUGGCGGCUGCGGAGGAAGCGUUUCGGGUGAAGUGAUACGGCGGAGUCACUUGUUUAGUAUUAGGAGCUUUUUUACCAAGAAAGUUCAUUAAUUUAGUUUUUGAGUAGUGUAGUGUGUAUGUUGGAGUAUAUGUUAGUAUCUAAUGUUUUGAAUUAAAUACCAUGUACAUUGUGACAAAUGUGAUUAUUUGGUGUAUAUUUCAAUACAUGAGAUGAGUUCAUAAUUUUGUCUUGGGAUUAUAUUCUU